AUGGCUAAAAGAUAUGAUUUUAAUUCGUCCAGCAGAUCUGAUAGUUCAAGCUCAGAUGAACAUGAGACAAAGCAUAUGAUAGAUGAAGAUGAGGUAGAACGACUAGGUGGUCGUAUGUCAUACAUGGAAAUUUUUCAACAUAUACAGAAUGCAAGCACUAAUGUCAGUAAUCCAGAAAUACGACUUCAACACUGCUGUUACGUACAAUCAGUUGGUAAAAUUCCAAAUUAUAAAAAUAAAUCAUCAUCAACAAAUUUUCAAUCAGAAGAUGUUGCAAAGUAUCUUGAAGCAGCGAUUCUUUAUCAAAAUGCCACUGAGCUUCUUCAAAAACGUGAAGAAUAUGCUGUUGUUGAAGAUGACUUUGGACCAACACUUACUAAAAUGUUGAUUCGUGGAAAAAAAACCAUCAUUUUCAAAUCUAGUAGACGCAUGUAG